GGUCCAUCUGCAGCAGAGAUGGUGAACGUGGGGUUGUCUCGCGUGGACGAAGCGGUGGCAGCCAAGCACCCGGGGCUACAAGAAUAUACUGCCUGCCAGUCUUAUGCAUUCAUGAAGGGCAUGGGAACAUUCAUUACAGUCUCCGGGAUGGCUUUUGCUCUUCAAAAAUUCAUCCGGAAAAUUCACUACCCGCUCCAGUGGAACAUCCUGCUCUCCUUUGUUGCAGGUUCAGUUGCAAGCUAUACAGUGACUCGAUGGGAGACACAGAGGUGUUCUGACUUAUGGAUCUUUCUGGAGAGCAAACAACCCAGUGUCCCAGAUGUAGCCAAAGAGAAAGUGCCCCACUUGGACCCCCAGAAGGAGACAGAGGCCAGUGCAAAAAGGAACAAGUAUGGAGAUGUCAUGGACUAGCCUGAAAA